AGAAAAAAAGAGGCCAUCAAGGCAACUGCAACUGCAGGUUUAUCCCAAUCCUUCCGGCCUUGACUCGGCCCCGCCAUCAUAGGCUACCUGUUAACGCACAGAGGGAGAUUCUUCUGCAACUUUCAAUCGAGUACUACCUCGGUUUUAAGCUUCUUUCUAGCUACUCGCCUGCCAUGUCCACACCCCGCGUCUUCAUCGUCCGCCACGGAGAGACGGAAUGGUCCCUCAACGGUCGGCAUACCGGUCGUUCCGACAUUCCACUCACCGCCAACGGUGAGAAGCGUGUCAAGGCUACCGGAAAGGCUCUUGUUGGUCAUGACCGACUUAUUGCUCCCAAGAAGAUUGCCCACAUUUACGUCUCACCCCGCAAGCGUGCCCAACGCACCUUUGAGCUACUCAACAUUGGACUUGAUGAACCUCUUCCCUGGACGAGACACGGAGAGAGUGAGGGCGAGGGUCUCCAGUGUGGUGCCAAGAUUGAGGUCACUGAGAACAUCCGCGAGUGGGACUAUGGCGACUACGAGGGCAUCACCACCCCUGAUAUUCGCAAGAUGAGAGACGGACAAGGCUACAGGGGAACUUGGGAUAUCUGGAGAGAUGGCUGCCCAGGAGGAGAGAGCCCUGAAGACGUCACGAGACGGUUGGACGAGUUGAUCAAGGAGAUCCGUGAAAGGUGGCACCAGCCGGUGAUGGGUAAGGGCAAGGACAAGGACCAGUGUGGUGAUGUCCUCCUCAUCGCUCACGGUCACAUCCUCCGUGCCUUUGCUAUGAGAUGGGCUCGCUACUCUCUGCAGAAUGGCCCUGCUUUUCUUCUAGAAGCAGGUGGUGUUGGAACUCUCAGUUAUGAACAUCACAACAUUGAAGAACCCGCCCUCCUCCUUGGCGGUGCUUUCGUGGUCGAACUCGACGACAACUAAGUUUGCCAAGUACUUUGAAAACAGAUCUACCGCCCGGAUACAGACAUAGAUGGUUCCAUUUAAUCAUAGACUUUGCCAUUUAAUCGACAUAUUUUCAUCCCGCAUC